AUGAGGAGCUUGCUGCUAGUGUCUCUGCUGCUGGCCGUGACUCCUGGCUGGGCCGCGCCCAAGGACAGCGCCAACAGGCCUGAGGACCCUGCUGCGGAGCCUGUUCCCAACCUUCUGCACCCCGAGCCGGAGGAGCUGCGGCUGUUGCAGGGCUACCUGCGGCGCGUCCGGCAGAUGGCACAGGAUCCUGCUCACAUGACGAGGGAGCAGGUGCUCCUCUACCUCUUCGCGCUGCACGACUACGACCGGAGCGGGCAGUUGGACGGGCUGGAGUUCAUGCAGCUGCUGAUGGAGGUGGUAUCCCAGCAGGCCCAGGGGCAGCCUUCUCCUGACGCGGUGAUCGUGGUGGUAGAUGGGAUCCUGGAGACUCAAGACCUGAACGGGGACGGGUUAUUGAACCCCUCGGAGCUCCUGCUGCCCCCAGCCCAGGGCCAGCCUCCCCCGCCAGCCCCGACUGACGCCCCCAACGGAGAAGGGGUUGUGCAGUGGGCACCUGAGGAGCCAGAGCAACCUGCCGCGGCCCUGGAGCUGCCAGGUGCCCAGGGGGCAGCAGGCCCCGGCGUGGAGCUCCCAGAGGCAGCGGGGCCCUUAGCAGAGCAGCCGGAGGCUGAGGGCCUCUUGCUGAGCCGGAUGGGGCCAGAGGCGGCUCAGCCUGAAGAGGAGGCUGCUGGGGAGGCUCCAGGGGCCCAGGCUGGGGCCCCCAAUGCUGAGAUCUAG